UUUCUUUCUAUUGUUUUGAAGAUUUUCAUUCUUUCCGAUUGCAGAUUCUUUAGGAUUCCACAUCCCACCGAUAUCCUACAAAAUCGUACAUUACUUUGAUUUCGGAAAAAGGGUUUGGCAAAUAUUAAUUAAUGAAAAUGAUGAUUAUAUAUUUCAGAACCGACCUUCAAAUAAUGGCUUCUCCUCUGGAUUAUCUCUGAACUCACUCUUAACUCUUCCGCUUGAAACAUAAGAGUUGUUUGAUGGCCAACGAUACUCCUAGUUGUGAUUUUCAUAACAAACGUCUUGGUCUUUUAAAAGAUCAAGUUCAUUUGGUGAAAAGGAAAGAUUCUAAUCGCUAUGAGAUUGCUGCGAUACAAGAUCAACUAUCAUUUGAGAAGGGUUUUUUUAUAGUUAUUCGUGCAUGUCAAUUGUUGGCUCAAAAGAAUGAUGGAAUUAUAUUAGUUGGGGUGGCGGGUCCUUCGGGAGCAGGGAAGACUAUAUUUACUGAGAAGAUACUUAACUUCAUGCCUAGUGUUGCUGUUAUUUCGAUGGAUAAUUACAAUGAUGCUAGUCGAAUUGUUGAUGGAAACUUUGAUGAUCCACGCUUAACUGACUAUGACACAUUGCUCCAGAAUUUACAAGAUUUAAAGGAAGGAAAGACAGUCCAGGUUCCGAUAUAUGAUUUCAAGUCCAGUUCACGCGUAGGAUACAGGACUGUAGAACCCCCGACAUCCAAUAUUGUGAUUAUAGAGGGUAUCUAUGCUUUGAGCGAGAAGUUGCGAACUUUGCUGGACCUUCGAGUUUCUGUUACAGGUGGAGUUCACCUUGACCUUGUAAAGCGAGUUAUUCGUGACAUACAACGUGCUGGCCAAGAGCCUGAAGAAAUUAUUCAUCAAAUAUCUGAGACGGUAUAUCCGAUGUACAAGGCUUUCAUUGAGCCAGAUCUCAAGACGGCGCAUAUAAAAAUUACCAACAAAUUUAAUCCAUUUACUGGAUUCCAGAGCCCGACUUACAUUUUAAAGUCAGCAAAGAAUGUAGCAGUUGAUCAAAUUAAAGCUGUUCUCUCCGAAGAUUGUCUGGAAACAACCGAGCAAACUUAUGAUAUAUAUCUUCUACCUCCUGGUGAAGAUCCAGAAACAUGCCAAUCAUAUUUAAGAAUGCGAAACAAGGAUGGGAAAUACAGUCUCAUGUUUGAGGAAUGGGUGACAGACAAUCCCUUUGUCAUAUCGCCGAGAAUUACUUUUGAGGUCAGUGUGCGCCUCCUUGGUGGACUAAUGGCCUUGGGAUACACGAUAGCUACUAUCCUUAAGAGAAACAGCCAUGUCUUUUCUGAUGAUAAGGUUUGUGUGAAACUAGAUUGGCUUGAGCAACUUAAUCGACAUUAUGUUCAGGUACAGGGGAGAGAUCGCUUAGUUUUGAAAGAGAUUGGAGAUCAGCUGGGUCUCGAAGGUUCCUACAUUCCUCGUACAUACAUUGAGCAAAUUCAACUUGAAAGGCUUGUGAAUGAGGUUAUGGCUCUACCAGAUGAUUUGAAGACAAAGCUCAGCCUAGAUGAGGAUUUGGUUUCAAGCCCCAAAGAAGCACUUUCUAGAGCCUCUGCUGACAGGGUUGCCAUGAGAAAUGAGAAUAUGAGGAGUGGAUUGUCACAGUCAUAUACAAAUCAAAGGGACAAAAAUGCAGCCAAAGUUAAUGGAUAUUUUACCAACAAUCGAGGGUUUGAUGAAAGAAAUUCAGAUUCCUCCACAACACAAUUAAAUCAGAGAGCCAUUAGUCAGCUUUCAGAACAGAUUUCCGCUCUCAAUGAUAGAAUGGAUGAAUUUACAAAUCGUAUUGAAGAGUUGAAUAGCAAGCUGACCAUUAGGAAUAAGUCUCCAAGCCAACAAAAUAUGUUGGCUCAAGCCGAAGCUUGCAAUGGUUCUGCUCCCACGUCUUACUUCAUCAACAGUCUGGGAAAUGGUAGCAUAACUGGUUAUAAGAUGCCACAUUCCUCGUCUUCAUCCCAAUUAAAUAAGGAGUCUCCCUUAAUAGAUGAGAUAUCAGGCAUCACACGUGGCCAGCGUCAGAUCAUGCAUCAAAUGGACAAUCUAAAUAAUCUUCUUCGGGGUGGUUUAGGGGAAAGGUCUCAGCAAACAAGAAUCAACAACAAGAGCAUAAUUACAGAUUUGAAUUACAUUGGAGCGAGCAUUGUAGUGGUAAUCGCAGUUGGUUGUUUGGGGAUCUUUUUGACCCGAAAGUGAUUCAUAUACAUGCAAAAGAUAGUUGAAGAGUUCGUUGACAAUUGUAAUAGGCAGAAUAUGGAAGCAGUUUUAGGGUCAGAGAAAGGGUUAUAUCCUCUUGAAAUUUUGUAACUUAGUUGCUUUUUGUUAGAGCAUAAUUUUAAGGCAUUUUUAACCUUCAGUUCACAACAAAAUAGAGUCUUUGUUUUAGAAUUUUUAUCAAGUGGUAUACCAAAAUAAUCUAUUCAUUCCUCUUUUUAAUAUUGAGUUGAGUUUUGGGAGGUAGAAUAUUUUGAGAAUGUAUUUCGGAGGACAAACAAAAUUUUACAAAUAAAAAUCAUGCUGCAUCUGUGUUAA